AUGGGGGGCAGCCAGGUCCCCAGGGUUGCAGACAAGAAAGGGAUCGUCUGGGGGGCGCCCCAGCCGCGCCUUGGAGCUGGCGGAAGCAGAAGGGGCGCCAGGCGGCGGGAAGAAGAAGCCGUGGGCGCGCAGGUCAGGACGCUGCUGCUGGCGCAACUGUUGGUGCGGGUCGAAAUCGCGAGGCAGGCGUUGCGGGAUAGGGACCUGUUGCUUCCAGGUAAGGCGUCCAGGGGGCCCGCUUACCUGCGCAGGGCACCUGAGCCGGAGCGCGAAUGGCGACUCAUCUUUUCCUCUUCCCGCCCCAGGUUUCUAGAACUCUUCUAUGCUCGCAUGGCCAUGUGGCCAACGGACUGUCCCGACACUCAUAGUGUAUGGAAAGGAUGCAGGGCUUGGGCGCAGGGCAGCCUGCGCCUAUGGGGCUCCCACUACUGCGGAGCAAGCCUGCUCAACCGCCGCUGGGUGCUCUCGGCCGCGCACUGCUUCCAAAAGCACAUUUAUCCCUAUGAAUGGUCGGUCCAGUUUGGCGAGCUGUCUGUCACACCACCCAUUUGGAGCCUGCGGGCCUACCUCCAUCGUUACAGGGUGAAGAGUAUUAUUAUAUACCCCAAAUCCAGGAAUUAUUUGCAGGACGACAGCUCCCUGCUGAAGCUGUCCUCCUCCGUCACCUUCAAUAAGAACAUCCAGCCCGUCUGUGUCCUGUCCUCCUCCUCUGAAUUCAAGAACCGUGAUGACUGCUGGGUGAAUGGCUGGGGGGACAUCCAUGAGAAAAAGAAUCUGCCACCUCCCUACGAUCUUCAGGAAGUGCAAGUCUCCAUCAUAAACAAAUCCAGGUGUUCCUACCUGUUCCAUCAGCCUGAUUACAGCAGUCACAGCAGUAAUAAUAUGAUUUGUCCUGGCUCUGAGGAUGGCAACACUGACGCCUGCAAAGGUGACCCAGGCAGACCCUUGGUCUGUGAAAAGAAUGGGCUGUGGAUUCAGAUUGGAAUCGUGAGCUGGGGAGUGGGCUGUGGUAGGCGCAACCAGGCCGGCAUCUAUACCAAUGUCAGUAGUUACUUCGACUGGAUCCAGAUGCUGGUGGGCCACAGCACACCCAGGCCAGACCCCUCUCAGUUGCUGCUGCCCCUCGCUCUGCUCUGGGCUCCCUGA